AUGACUAACGAACGUGUCGGUCCACCUCCGGCCUCUUUAUCGUCCAUCGAGGCUGUAAAGACGGUGACAAUCUCGGAAGAAGAUUUGGCGAAAGAGAAGGUUUGUGCCAUCUUUAAAGAGAAGUUUGAAGUUGUAGAGGAAGGCAAAGAGUUGAAAUGUUUGCAUUUCUUUGAGAUUUGCUCAUGGGAUUAUGAAAGUAACGUUGACGGAGGAGGGUCUCACCAUGUGGACGAUGAUCGAUCAAAUGGUUUUCGGACUAGAAUUUGUUCUUUGUGGCCUCUCCGAGUGAUGUUUGAUUGGGUAUAG